CUUGAAUUCGGAUGUGUUGAUUAAGCAAUGAAGAAAUAUUUUGUGAUUUUAUCCAUUACAAUAACAUUCCUUUGUUCUGUUCAGUCAAAUGAGCCAUUGCCAAUUCUGUUUUGGCAUUCUGCGGGCGAGUCAUGUUGUGAAAAGGAAUUUGAGGCAUAUGCGAGUGUUAUAAAGAGAUAUUUGGGCAGUAAUACUUAUAUCAAGUCUGUUCAAAUUGGCACCAGCAUAAAAACUGAUAAACUAUUGAGUCUUACAAUGCAUCCGUUUGACCAAAUUGAGGCAGCUUGUAAUGAUAUUAAAACUGAUGUAAAUUUUUCCAAUGGAUAUAAUGGAAUUGGACUUAGUCAGGGUGCAUUGUUGUUGAGAGGAUUGGCACAAACAUGUAACAAUGGACCAAAAAUGAGGAAUCUCAUAUCACUUGCUGGUCCUCAACAAGGAGUUUAUCAGUAUCCAAAUUGUGGGAAAAUUAAACCAAUUUUGUGUGCCGGAAUAAAUAAGUUGAUAUACAGCAGACCUACUCAAAGUCUACUUGCUCCUGCAACCUAUUGGCAUGAUAUAGUUGAGGAACGAUAUCUAGCUGGCAGUACUUUUCUAACAGCAAUCAACAAUGAAUUAGAAAUAAAUGAAGGAUACAGAAACAACCUGAAAUCUCUCCAAAAGCUUAUCUUAGUAAAAUAUGAUCAAGACACAUCAAUUGUUCCUAAUGAAUCAGCAUUCUUUGGAUAUUUCGAUAGUGAUAAGAAUGUAGUUCCGUUGGUGCUGAGUAAUUUAUAUCAACUAGAUAAGUUAGGUUUGAAAAGUAUGGAUGAGAAUGGAAAAUUGGUGUUUCUUACAGCUCCUGGUGCUCAUUUAGAUUUAAAUGAAAUUUGGUUUCAAUCACAGAAACAAUUCUUCAAGAUUAUGAAAAUUGCUGAAAUAAUGUCAAAAAUAAAGAAUUCAAUCAAAGGUAAUAAAAAUCUCAAGAAGUCAACUCCAAAUUUGCUGGCAAUACCAAAUUAUGUUUGCUUUAAGAAUUAUGAAGAAGGUCAGGUCUACAAGGAACACAUUCAAAUUGUCAAUAAGGAUGUUAAAUCAUUCCACAUCUCUAUCAAAUUCGACAAUCCAGAUGAAAUCAAGCUCUCAACUCUAAGUCAAAAUCGACAUACUAUCCUCGAAAGUGACGAUGAUAUGCUUUUAGAAAUCGAAUUCCGUCCAAAUUUAUCAUUUAACAAAGAAUCAGUUGAUAGACGCUAUGAAAUUUCCAUAAAUAUCGACAACUCCAAUACUAAACUUCUCAUUCCAGUUGUCAUUUUAUCACCAAAUCCAUCAAUAAAUUUCCCAAGAGAAAUUCAACUUCCGGACACAGCAAUUGAUACGCCUGCAUACACAAAUAUUUGCGUAUUAAAUUAUUCAAAUCUUCCGUAUAAAUUUUCAAUUGACACAAAAUGUAAAGUCAAAAUUAUUCCAGAAUGUAAAGUGAAAGCAAUGAAGCCAGGAGAUGGAAUAACAUUUUUGGUCGAAUUCAUUCCAAGAACGUUAAGUGACUUCCGUGAGAAGAUUUACAUAUGUUUGGAUAAUGACAAGAGGAUGUCAAUUUUACUAAAAUGCAAUGUACUUCCAGUGAAUGUUUUCAUGAUCGAAGACUAUAUUGAAUUUCUACCUACAUUAAUUGGAAUGGGGGAUAUGAAAUCCAUUCAAAUUGUGAACAAUAGUGCGACUGCAACACUCUUUGAAUGGAUGCCUAUUGAAAAUCACUGUGCGAAUGAAAAUAAUGAAGAGCAUCCGUCAUUAAAAUUUCUUGAAAUAUAUCCGAUGAACGGCGAGCUCCCACCACAAUCAACAACAAAAAUUGACCUAAUUUUCAAGCCCGAGGACACAAACGAUGACGAGGAUGAUUUUGAAAUUCAAAAGGAACUAAUCACCACUCUUGCCCUAAAACUCUCAAUUUGUCACAAUUAUAAUCCAUCCAUCAUUGUCAAAGGAAAAGUUGUCGGUCCAUCAUUUCAAUUAGAUCAUAAAAUUAUAAACAUUAAUGAUAUUUUUGUGGGUGAGUCGAGGAACAUUGAUGUGAAUUUAAAGAAUUCGGGUGGCAUUAGUGGAAAAGUGUUCUUUCAUAAAAUUCAAUCGGUAAAUGAUGGGAUUAUUAAGGCAUCCUCAAAGAUUGAAAUUUUAAAGGCUGGAGAAGUGAAAAGAUUCAGAAUUCAAUUUUUGGCAAAAAAAAUUGGAAAGUUCGUCGAUCAGGCAAUAUUUAAAGUUAAAAAUGGCGAGAAGCUUUCACUGUCAAUCCAAGGAUUCAUCAAGCCACUCAAUAUCACCAUAGAUCAAACUUCCAUUCGAUUCCAAACAUCAGCAAUUUGCAUUCCACAAAUGAAAUUCUUUAAAAUGACAAAUGAGAAUCCAUUUGAUGUGGACAUAAGACUAGAAAUUGAGAGUAAUGGACAUGAUGAUCCACUGGAAUUCCUCGAAUUUUACGGAAGUCGUUCAACAAGCACUGACUCAAUUAGCAAGUCAUCAUCACUUGAGUCUAUGAAUAAUAAUCAUCAUAAUAUUACAACUGAAUCAUGUUCAUCACUCUUGACACGAACAUCAAUCAAGAAUUUUAUGGAGCGUAGUGGUGAAAUGGAACAAUUGCGUGAUACAAUAACAACGACUCGAGAUGAGGUUGUUGAGAUUUUCAAUAAGGUUGAUGAGUAUUUAGAACGUAAGGAAAUUAUGAGUGAAAUCGUUGCGAUUUUUUUUAAUGAUAAAUUAUGUAAUGAAGUUGAGAAGCGCCAAAUUGUUCAAACUAUCGUUGAGCUUUUGAUUGAAAAUCUUACUGAUUCUGAUGAUCUCAAGUUUUAUGAGAAAAAUUGGCAACUUCCUGAACAUCCUCGACAAAUUGAAUGCAACAAAAACUUUAUUAAGAUUAAAUCGAAUAGUUUUGAGGAAGUGAAAAUUUUCAUUGUUCCAAAUUACAUUGGAAAAUUCAUAAGGAACUUAAAACUUUUUAUAUCGAUGUCAAAUUUGAUCUAUCAACCUCCAAUCGAUGAAACUAUCGUCAAUAUUCCAAUAGUAAUUGACUGUCAGACAGCGGAUAUUAAAAUUCAUAAUCAAACAAAUGAAAUAACUGGAUAUGCCGAAAGUGAAAUAACUUUAAACAUUCAUAUUGAAAAUCUAUCAAGCAUCAAUGGAUUCUUUACUUUACAACACUUUUACGAUACUGAAAUGGAAGUGAAAUGUGCGGAAGAAAAGUUUCACAUAAGCGGAAAGUCAAAGAAAAUCCUUAAUUUAAUUAUCGUUCCACUCAUAUCCGGUAAAAUUAUGAAAUAUGUGAACAUGAUAGCACUUGGAAGCAACAGAAAAUAUCCCAUUACAAUUGAAUGCAAGUCACUUCCACCCGAUAUCGUUAUAAACCCUAAGAAAAUAUUUGUUAACGAUUUGGAAGUAUUAAAGAAGGAUGAUACGCGAAUUUUCAUUGAAAAUCGUAGCACAACCAAAGCACGAUUCUUCAUAAAAUUGGAGCAUGACAAUCAAUGUUUUACUAUUAAUCCUCGUGGUGGCAUUUUGUCAAGCAAACAAUGUACUGUGGUCAUGUUAGAGAAAUUUUUUCAUGAUCCCGGAGAUUAUUGUGAUAUAUUGAUUGUUGAAAUUGUCAAUAGUAAAGUUAUUAAAAUCCCGAUAAGAUGCACAGUAAAGAAACUUCCAAUUACCAUUGAACCAUCGUUUUGCAGCAUAAUUGACUUUGGCACACUCUUUACAUCGAAAAGCUCGUACUAUCUUGACUAUAAAUUUACAAAUUGUGGUAAAAUAUCGUACAUGAUUUUUAUCAUCCUCAAAAAUGGGAAAAAUCGUAGUGAAAUUCGUUACACAAUUGAACCAAAUCGUUUUGAAUUGUCGCCAAAUUGUAGUCGAGUGGUGAAAUUCUCUCUUAAUGCACUGAAUGCAUUGAGCUGUAUGGAUGAAUUUACAAUCGAGGGAUGCUCAAUUCAUUUUCCGAUACGUGAGCUCAUUUGGGAAUCAAAAUUGAAAGCGAAUGUCAUCAAACCGACGAUAAAUUUUUCAACCAAUGAACUGAUUUUCAAUUGCUUUUAUGGUCAGGAAGAUGACUUAAUGGUUACAAAAUCCUUCGAAAUAACCAACAACUCAUCACUUCCACUAACUGUUGCACUUAAAGUUGAAGGGGAAUUCAGCAUUUAUGUGAAUGAACUCAACUCAUUCGAGCAUAAAGUCAAAUUUGAUCUAAAAGUCAAAGAAAGUCACAAAAUUUUCAUAAAUUUCAAUUCAAAUCAUCUGAAAAAUUACAGCAAGUCUCGUACGUUUGAAGGCACUAUAAAAGCAUAUUCUUUGGGCCAAUUUCAAUCGACAUUAAAGCUUAUUGCACAUUUAAUAUAUCCUGAAAUCGAAUUAUCGACAAAUGACGUGAACAUCAUAGCCAAUCCAAAGCAGUCAUGUACAUCAAAUUUCAUUAUUAGAAAUCCGAGUGAUAAGUUAACAGCUUCAUUUGAACUAAAGUUCAAGGAUAAUUCAACUAUAAUCACAUCAAUUCAUGAGAAACGACAAGAAAAUCUUCUCAAAAUCGUUCAAUGCUUAAUGAAACAGAAACGGAAUUUAAAGGACGAUUCGAGUAAUUUAAAAAUAUUUUAUGACGAUUGUGAAAUUAGCGAUUUGAAUAAUGUCACUAAUGACAAACUCGAGGGUUCAAACAAUGAUUCUCAAACAUUAAAUACUCUUAAAACUAUUGAAGUCGCAGCCAAAGAAAUUGUUCAUUAUUAUGAUUCACUGUCAAGAGAAACGCCAGAAAUUAAAAUUAUUCAAGAAUCAGAAGCAGAGUCGCUAACGACAUCAAAAGAUGAACAGGAUGAAUGUUUUUUGAUGUUAAGUCAAAUGAAAGGAAUUUUGAAGCCAAACGAAAGUCGUUUAAUUUAUAUUCAAUUUUCUGGAAGUAAUAAAGAAUUCCAUUUUUCAUCUCUAAUCGGUUGUCAAGUCGUGGGUGGCAGUUGUUAUGACAUUCAUAUCAAAAUAACAAAUUGUAACCCUAAUGUGCUAAUUACGAAAACUUAUUAUGAGAUAGCAAAAUCAUGGCAGGAGAUUUCGAUAAAUAGCUCGUGUAUAUCAAAUAUCAAUCCACUCAUGAAUGUUAUUAAAGUCAUAGCACCGAAAAAUGAGAGCGAGAUGGCUAAGUUGAUUGAAGGAUACGUGAAAUUAAGCACGAGAACUCCUACAGAAUUUAUUAUGGAUGAUGAAAAAAAUAUUUUUUGUGAAUUAAAAUUUUUAAUCUUUCCCGGAUGCAUGCCAAUUUUUGAGACUGAAUUUAGCAUUCAAAUUAAUAACAAGUCACCAAUUCCGAUAAGUUUCUUCAGUAAGAACUGCAUGCCCAUGGCAACAUUACUUGACAUCGACCGAAAGUCAUUAUAUGAUUUGCAUAAAAUAUUUGAAUAUGAUUGUUUACGUGAAAUGUUUAAGUAUGUUGAUCGCAUACGCGUGCAAGAGGAAACAAUUAAUUUUGAGGAUGUCUUAAAAGCCAAACAAAAAUUUCAAGAACUGCACGUGGAACGAGAAAAGAAAGUUCGAAAAAAGUCAACCAAGAAGCGCAAAACAAACACAAAAGUAUCAACAAUGGAACCAGAAUCAAUUGAUAGUCUCUCUGCAGGCGAUAGUUGUGACUUAAUGUCAAUAGAACUUCGACUAUUUUAUGGUGAAAAUGGAAUAGCUUUAAUGUGUGAAAAUCCACACCGAAUGUUUAGUGGUAAAAUGCUUCAAAUGGUCGAUGAAGAUGUCGAGAAUGGAGAUUUUUUGGCACUAGACUAUCCCAAUGAGUAUCCACAGUCGCAUGAAAUUAUCAGCUUUAUUGGUCAAUAUGGAUUUGCUAAAUCGCUCGAAGCCAAUGAAAUUUUCGAUGCAUACAAAAGUAUUUAUGAUCGCUAUGUGCUGGAGAAAUUCAGGCAUUCAAAAAAGUCGAGUGGAUGUCGAGAACAAUGCUGCAAUAAUUCUGUUGUCGUUCCAUUGCCGCUGGUUUUGGUUGAAUAUUCAUUGGAUUUUGGGGAUGUAAAAAUUGACGACGUUUGUGAGAAAAUUAUCAAAUUGUAUUUACAUGAUGACUUUACAUCAGCUGCUAUAAGGAGUGAAGCUUUGAUUCCUGAUUUUUUGGUUGAGUUCUUGCCUUAUUCUGAAUUUAUCAAAGUCAAUUCCUACAAAAAUGAAGAAAAUUAUCAAAAAUACCUAAAUCGACAAGGAAGACAACAAGAACUUCCCUUUUCAGUCAGACGAUGUCACUCAUUUGACUUUAUAGAAGGUAAAGUUCACUCCAGAAUCAUUUCAAAGGAUAAACAAGAUUUAGAUAAAAUCAAUCAGACAUACAAUGAGAAAAUGAGUCCAAAAGUUAAGUUUGAUGACCGAAGUCCUUUCACAUUGACAGAAAUGUUCCAAAAGGCAGAGUUCAACGAGAAAGACUCGAGAGUCAUCGAGUUCAAGAUUACUUUUUGUCCGAAAAUUGACAAUUAUGAUGAGGUCAAGAUUUUUGAUGAGAUCCUUUAUCUAGAUCUUCAUCUCGGACCACAAAUUCCCCUCCACAUCAUAGCAAAUAUCAUUCAACCAGAUUCAGAACCAUUUUUCAAAUAAAAACUCCAAUUAUUUAGUUUAUCAAAAAC